CUGAACUAUACAGUGAGACCUUGUCUCAAACAAGCAAACAAACAUACAGCCCCAAAUAGAGAAUAAGAGUAACCCUUCUAAUGACGUUGAAGGAACAGAUAAAACCGCAAAAUAAAGCGACUGAUCCUCCUGGGAACCCAAUUCCACUUUUAAAAAGGAAACGAUGAGUUAGCAUAGAUUUCUAAGACUCCUGGCACUUUUAAAACUGCGUUCCUGGCAUUUCAUUAUCUAGAAAUCAGGCAGCUCAUUAUAUGCUGGGCAGUUGGGAUAAACAUGAGAAAGGUGGUUAUCUAUGCAGAACGCAAGAGCAAGCGAAUGUAAAAUGCCAGGGGCCACACAGACAAGGUUUGGGGCUGGAUGGCUGUGCUUUCGACUCUUCCGCGGACAGAAGCAGGCUGGGAUGACCUUCACGAUAUUUUCUGGCACGUGAACUGCCUCAAGGGUUGCGAGGCCCUGCCUACGAACAACGAGCCGCCUGUAACCGCAUGGCCACCUGCCACCCUCCCGGCUGCCCACUGGGGCACACGACCGCAGAGAAGACUCCAGACCCGAUAGCAGAGACACUAGAAGGACGCGACAGAGCCGGGAGCACGUUGGAAUGCCAAGAUGCCUUGGAAACAGCAGCCAGAGCCGAGGGCCUUUCCCUGGAUGUCUCUAUGCAUUCCCAGCUCCGAAUCCUGGACGAGGAGCAUCCCAAGGGAAAGUAUCACCAUGGCUUGAGUGCGCUGAAGCCCAUCCGGACUACUUCCAAACACCAGCACCCAGUGGACAAUGCUGGGCUCUUCUCCUGUAUGACUUUUUCAUGGCUUUCUCCUCUGGCCCGCGUGGCCCACAAGAAGGGGGAGCUCUUGAUGGAGGACGUGUGGUCUUUGUCCAAGUACGAGUCUUCCGAUGUGAACUGCAGAAGACUAGAGAGACUGUGGCAAGAAGAGCUGAAUGAAGUGGGGCCCGGCGCUGCCUCCCUGCGAAGGGUUGUAUGGACCUUCUGCCGCACCCGGCUCAUCCUGUCCAUCGUGUGCCUGAUGAUCACGCAGCUGGCUGGCUUCAGUGGACCAGCCUUCGUAGUGAAACACCUCUUGGAGUACACCCGGGCAACAGAGUCUAACCUGCAGUACAGCCUGCUGUUGGUCCUGGGCCUCCUCCUGACGGAAGUUGUGCGGUCCUGGUCGCUUGCACUGACUUGGGCAUUGAAUUACCGAACUGGCAUCCGCUUGCGGGGGGCCAUCCUGACCAUGGCAUUCAAGAAGAUCCUUAAGCUGAAGAACAUUAAAGAGAAGUCCGUGGGCGAGCUUAUCAAUCUUUGCUCCAAUGACGGACAGAGGAUGUUUGAGGCAGCUGCUGUUGGCAGUUUAUUGGCCGGAGGACCUGUUGUUGCCAUCUUAGGCAUGAUCUAUAAUGGAAUUAUCCUGGGACCCACAGCCUUCCUGGGCUCAGCUGUUUUUAUCCUCUUCUAUCCAGCGAUGAUGUUUGUAUCACGGCUUACUGCAUAUUUCAGGGGAAAGUGUGUGGCCGCCACAGAUGAGCGUGUCCAGAAGAUGAACGAAGUUCUCACCUACAUUAAAUUUAUCAAAAUGUAUGCCUGGGUCAAAGCGUUUUCUCAGAGUGUUCAAAAAAUCCGAGAGGAGGAGCGUCGGAUAUUGGAAAAAGCUGGCUACUUCCAGAGCAUCACUGUUGGUGUGGCUCCCAUAGUGGUGGUGAUCGCCAGUGUGGUGACCUUUUCUGUUCACAUGACCCUUGGCUUCGAUCUGACAGCAGCACAGGCUUUCACAGUGGUGACUGUCUUCAAUUCCAUGACUUUUGCUUUGAAAGUAACACCCUUCUCAGUGAAGUCCCUCUCAGAGGCAUCAGUGGCUGUUGACAGAUUUAAGAGUUUGUUUCUAAUGGAAGAGGUUCACAUGAUAAAGAACAAACCAGCCAGUCCUCACAUCAAGAUAGAGAUGAAAAAUGCCACCUUGGCAUGGGACUCCUCCCACUCCAGUAUCCAGAACUCGCCCAAGCUGACCCCCAAAAUGAAAAAAGACAAGAGGGCUGCCAGGGGCAAGAAAGAGAAGGUGAGGCAGCUGCAGCGCCCUGAGCAUCAGGCGGUGCUGGCAGAGCAGAAGGGCCACCUCCUCCUGGACAGUGAUGAGCGGCCCAGUCCCGAGGAGGAAGACAGCAAGCACAUCCACCUGGGGAGCCUGCGCCUGCAGAGGACACUGUACAACAUCGACUUGGAAGUACAAGAGGGCAAACUGGUCGGAAUCUGUGGCAGUGUGGGAAGUGGAAAAACCUCACUCGUUUCAGCCAUUUUAGGCCAGAUGACACUUCUGGAGGGCAGCAUUGCAAUCAGUGGAACCUUUGCUUAUGUGGCCCAGCAGGCCUGGAUCCUCAAUGCCACUCUGAGAGACAACAUCCUCUUUGGGAAGGAAUUUGAUGAAGAAAGAUACAACUUGGUGCUGAACAGCUGCUGCCUGAGGCCUGACCUGGCCAUCCUCCCCAACAGCGACCUGACUGAGAUUGGUGAGCGAGGAGCCAACCUGAGCGGUGGACAGCGCCAGCGGAUCAGCCUUGCCCGGGCCUUGUACAGUGACAGGAGCAUCUACAUCCUGGACGACCCCCUCAGUGCCUUAGAUGCCCAUGUGGGCAACCACAUCUUCAACAGUGCUAUCCGGAAGCACCUCAGGUCCAAGACGGUUCUGUUUGUCACCCACCAGUUACAGUACCUUGUUGACUGUGAUGAAGUGAUCUUCAUGAAAGAGGGCUGUGUCACGGAAAGAGGUACCCACGAGGAGCUGAUGAGUUUAAAUGGGGAUUACGCCACCAUUUUUAAUAACCUGUUGCUGGGAGAGACACCCCCAGUUGAGAUCAACUCAAAAAAGGAAACCAGUGGUUCACAGAAGAAAUCACAAGACAAGGGUCCAAAAACAGGAUCAGUAAAGAAGGAGAAAGCAGUGAAGCCAGAGGAAGGACAGCUCGUACAGCUGGAAGAGAAGGGGCAGGGCUCAGUGCCCUGGUCGGUGUAUGGUGUCUACAUCCGGGCUGCGGGGGGCCCGUUGGCAUUCCUGGUCAUCAUGGCUCUUUUCAUGCUGAAUGUGGGUAGCACUGCCUUCAGCACCUGGUGGUUGAGCUACUGGAUCAAGCAGGGAAGCGGGAACACCACGGUGACCCGAGGUAACAGGACCUCUGUGAGCGACAGCAUGAAGGACAAUCCCCUCAUGCAGUACUACGCCAGCAUCUACACCCUCUCCAUGGCAGUCAUGCUACUCCUGAAGGCCAUUCGCGGAGUUGUCUUCGUCAAGGGAACACUUCGAGCCUCCUCCCGACUCCAUGACGAGCUUUUCCGAAGGAUCCUUCGGAGCCCUAUGAAGUUCUUUGACACCACCCCCACAGGGAGGAUUCUCAACCGGUUUUCCAAAGACCUGGAUGAAGUCGACGUGCGCCUGCCCUUCCAGGCCGAGAUGUUCAUCCAGAACGUCAUCCUGGUGUUCUUCUGCGUUGGGAUGAUAGCCAGCGUUUUCCCGUGGUUCCUUGUGGCUGUGGGGCCCCUCAUCAUCCUCUUCUCAGUUCUGCACAUCGUCUCCAGGGUCCUGAUUCGGGAGCUGAAGCGUCUGGACAACAUCACGCAGUCGCCGUUCCUCUCCCACAUCACGUCCAGCAUACAAGGCCUCGCCACCAUCCACGCCUACAGUAAAGGGCAGGAGUUUCUGCAUAGGUACCAGGAGCUGUUGGAUGACAACCAGGCUCCCUUGUUCUUGUUCACCUGUGCGAUGCGGUGGCUGGCUGUGCGGCUGGACCUCAUCAGCAUCGCCCUGAUCACCACCACCGGGCUGAUGAUUGUUCUCAUGCACGGGCAGAUUCCCCCGGCCUAUGCAGGUCUCGCCAUCUCCUAUGCCGUCCAGUUAACAGGACUGUUCCAGUUUACAGUGAGACUGGCAUCUGAGACAGAAGCUCGAUUCACCUCAGUGGAGAGGAUCAAUCACUACAUUAAGACUCUCUCCUUGGAAGCACCUGCGAGAAUCAAGAACAAAGCUCCUCCCCCUGACUGGCCCCAGGAAGGAGAGGUAACCUUUGAAAAUGCAGAGAUGCGGUACCGGGAAAACCUCCCUCUGGUCCUGAAGAAAGUGUCCUUCACUAUCAAACCCAAGGAAAAGAUCGGCAUCGUGGGGCGGACGGGGUCAGGGAAGUCCUCCCUGGGGAUGGCCCUCUUCCGGCUAGUGGAGUUGUCCGGAGGCUGCAUCAAGAUCGACGGAGUGAGAAUCAGUGACAUUGGCCUCGCCGACCUGCGGAGCAAGCUCUCCAUCAUUCCUCAAGAGCCGGUGCUGUUCAGUGGCACCGUCAGAUCAAAUUUGGACCCCUUCAACCAGUACACCGAAGACCAGAUCUGGGAUGCCCUAGAAAGGACGCACAUGAAAGAAUGUGUCACUCAGCUACCUCUGAAACUUGAAUCGGAAGUGAUGGAGAAUGGAGACAACUUCUCGGUGGGGGAGCGCCAGCUGCUGUGCAUCGCCAGGGCCCUGCUGCGCCACUGUAAGAUUCUGAUUUUAGAUGAGGCCACGGCCGCCAUGGACACAGAGACAGACUUGCUGAUCCAGGAGACCAUCCGAGAAGCGUUCGCAGACUGCACUAUGCUGACGAUCGCCCAUCGCCUGCACACGGUUCUAGGCUCUGACAGGAUCAUGGUGCUGGCGCAGGGGCAGAUGUACCCAUCAAUGGGAAGAAGCUUCGUGAAGCUCCCAGGUUGCCUCGACCACCAGCAGCUAUACCUGUCCCUCCCUGGUAGCUCCUCUGCCUCAUCUGUAGUGACUGCAAUGCCCUGUGUCCCUAGAGAGCACCCUGCAACAAGGGGGACCAUGCUCAGAACUACAAGUAGUUGUUAAGUAAACUUAUGUUGAACAGACAACUCCUUUGUGUGUCUAGGGAUGGAAAUAAAUUAAUGACUUGUCAUUAAAUUAAUGACAAGCCGUGUAUCAUGCCUUUUUCUGUUACUAAUAACAGUGGCACCAUAAGCCAGCUGUGGUGGUGCACACCUGUAAUCCCAGCACUCUGGGAGACUGAGCCAGGACAAUCAAGUCUAAGCCCAGUCUGGGUAACUUAGCAACUUAGCAUGACCCUGUCUCAAAAAAUACAAAGGGCCAGGAGUGCGAAGGCCCUGAGUUCAGGUCCCAGUACUGCAGAUAAUAACAGUAAUAGCACCAUAGUAGCUACAUUAUUGUCUGUGUAUUCUGCAGUGUACUUGCUGCUUCAUGCUGCAUCUCUCAACGUGUAGUUGGGAAGGAGACAGAGUUCUGCUUUACAGAGGCAGAGAUGGAGGGCUCAGGACUUGACCUACCUCAGGCGGCAGGAGGUGGAAGGGUUGGGUCUGGACUGUGGCAGACCGGUGACUCCAAAGCCAGUGCUUUACCCACUACACCCCAUCUCUGGAAACACUGAGAAAAGCACUGAACAGGGUGGCUCAGCCUGUCCUUGAAGGCUGAGUUGAGAAAAUAGAGGGAUAAAGAUUUUUCUCCUCAAUCUUACUCUUUUUUUUGGUACCGGGGAUCAAACUGAAGACCUUGAGCUUAUCAUAAUACUAAGGUAGAUGGGGCCAAGAACAUCUUCUGAAAUUCUUUUUUAAAGACACAAACCCGGCCCACCAUUUCUAGGCGUGGCUCCCUGUUUUGGAGUUAGGGAGUGAUUGAGGUUCUUUUCCUGUUAAUUAACUCUUCUACUUCCUGUUGCCCUGAGGUAGGAUCAGCUCCUCCCUCUAAAGCAUAGAGUUUCCAGUCUCCGGGUUGCUGAGAGGAUUGUGUACUUGCUGCCAGCGCUAAGCACAGUCCCUGACAUGUAACACACUCAAUAAAAGUAGGUUUUGCAGCACCAUGAUUAUUAAUGACGGAAGACAAGGUACCCGUGAUACAUGGCUUAUUUCAGCCAAAUCAUUAUUUUUAGGAAAACCAAAACAACACAAAACAAAGUAUAAAGGCAAAAACAAGAUCGCAAGUCAUUUGCCUCCAGAGAUAAGCACUGCAGCACGCAGUGUCCACAGACGGGGCGCUCCACGCCAGGUCACGGCACCGGAUGAGCGGCACGCGGAGUGGGAGGUAGAGAGUGCUGCCGCCGCCGUACCUCAACGGGUGCCUGCCCUUCCCGCUCUCCUGCCCGACUCCCCGGAAGCCCGAGGAGACCCCUGGCGUGCGCCUGCGCGGUUCUGUCCUGUGCCUUUGCCGCCUCUGACAGGACACGAGGGAGAUGCUGCCUGCGGAUCGCUCCUCCUGCAGUCUGAUCUCUGCGGCUGCACACAAGUCCGUCAGAGGAGUCGACAAAUGACGAAGUCUGUCCCUGACUACUUUUUCCCUACCAACGAGCCUUCUGAGCUCUUCCUUCUUUGUCUGUAGGAUUAGGUCAGCUUGCACAACAAAACGACGUGUGUCUUUUGCUUUGUCGCGAGCCUUGAUGCCCACCCCAUCCCUGUAGUUUAUAGACCUCUUGAUCAGUUUCUUCACUCCCAAGGCUGAAAGAGUUGGGAUUUGUGCAAAGGAGGUCGGGGCGGUCUUUCUUCCUGACCUUUCCCUUUCACCGCAGUUAUUUUUAAAAUGGGCGCAGCGAGACUGGUCCCUGGCGCCGUCCUGGGGCUCUGGGCUUGGCCGGCAUUGCCGCCUCCAGGGUGAGUCCUCUGAACCACCCCAGCCGUCCGUGGCCACACGCUGACGCUGGCUCCUCCU